GCUGCUGCUGCUGCUGCCGCCCCUAGCACAUCUGCGUUGCAAUCUGUUGAUAACUCCACUUGCAAGCUGCAGUUUAUUGUCUUUCGCAAUGGGAAACUCUUUCCUUGCACAGGGAAUUCGUCGAACCUCGCCGAUGAUGGGAAACGUAGGAGUGUUGCAACACCAGUUGCUUUCACCAAAUUAGAUGGCUGCAGCUUGGGGAGCGCCGUGCAGCCCGUCACCAUCGCUCUCAGGCAUUUGGCUCUGGGUGUAGACCCCACCGCUGCUUACUGGGACUUUGACCUGCUCGAUGGACACGGCGGCUGGAGAGCAGAGGGGUGCAACAUAACGGGCUCGGUGGGCAACACGACUACCAUUUACUGCACUCAUCACAAGAACUUUGCAGUUCUAAUGGAUCUGAAGAAGGCGCUGUCCCUCCCGCUGUACCCGGGGGAGUUUCUGCAUCCAGUCGUGUACGCCUGCACGGCAGUGAUGUUGCUCUGCCUCUUCGCCUCCAUCAUCACCUACAUAGUGCACCACAGCUCUAUCCGUAUUAGCCGGAAAGGAUGGCACAUGCUCCUCAACUUCUGCUUUCACACGGCACUGACCUUCGCUGUGUUCGCCGGUGGCAUCAACCGGAUCAAGUACCCCAUUAUAUGCCAGGCCGUCGGCGUGGUGUUGCACUACUCCUCUCUCUCCACCAUGCUGUGGCUCGGCGUCACGGCCAGGAACAUCUACAAGCAGGUGACCAAAAAGCCCACGCAGCCGCAGGACGGAGACGCCCCGGCGCACCAGCCCAAAUCGCCCAUGCUGAGGUUUUACCUAGUGAGUGGUGGGAUCCCUUUCAUCAUCUGUGGAAUUACUGCAGCCACUAAUAUUGAAAAUUACGGGAGUGGAGAGCUAACACCAUACUGCUGGAUGGCGUGGGAGCCCAGCCUGGGGGCCUUCUACGGGCCGGUGGCCUUCAUCGCCCUGGUGACGUGCGUCUACUUCCUGUGCACCUUCAUCCAGCUGCGCCGGCACCCCGAGCGCAAGUACGAGCUGAAGGCGUCCGGCGAGGAGCACCAGCGGCUGGCCACCGCCGACCUGCCGCCCCACUGCCACCAGCCGGGGCCCGAGCCGGGCGCGCCCUCCUCGGCGUUGGCGUCGGGCGAGGUGGGCCAACGCGUCCACUGCGCGGGCGGCUGCGGCGUCAACCCGGCGCUGCUGGCCAACGAGCACUCGUUCGGCGCCCAGCUGAGCACGGCGGCCUUCACCCUCUUCCUGUUCCUGGCCACGUGGGCCUUCGGCGCGCUAGCCGUCACCAUGGGCCACUUCCUGGACAUGAUCUUCAGCUGCCUGUACGGCGCCUUCUCCGUCACGCUGGGCCUGUUCGUGCUCAUCCACCACUGCGCCAAGCGCGACGACGUCUGGCACUGCUGGUGCUCCUGCUGCCCGGGCAGGCGAGGCGGCGGCGGGCAGCGCCACGGCGGGGGAUGCUCAGGCCACGGGCACGGGCACGCCCACGGCCCCGCGCACCACCACCACCACCAGCACCACCACCACGGCCGGCUGAAGCAGCUGAACGUCAACGGGGACUCGCUGGCGCACGGCGGCCCGCUGCUGCACUGCGGGCACCUGGACACUGCGUGCCCGGGGGUGACGGGCGCCGGCAAGGGCCUGCUGGGCGUGCGCACGCGGGCGCCCUGCAAGCUGGGCGGCCUGCCCUCGCCCAACCCGGCGGCGGCGGCGACCCACGUGGCGUGCCUGACCGCGCCCUCAGCGGUGACGGUGGGGCCUCCGUGCUGCGCCGGGCUGCACGCGCAGCAGCAGCUGCUGGCGGACGAGGACGCGGACUGCGAGGACGAGCCGACGGCGGCGCACGUGCUGCUCCACGCCGACCCCGAGGGCUACCGGCCCGCCAUCCACCUGCACCGCUGCCUGAAGGGCGGCCCGGGCAGCGUCGGCGGCGGCGGAGGGGGCAGCGUCAGGACUAAAGGCCGGCGGCUGAGUCGCCAGCGCGGCGGGAGCGAGCGCGAGUUCGCCUUCCACCUGCCCGCCGACUGCGGCGGCGGCGGCAGCGGGCACAGCUCGCGCGCCAACAGCCCGCACAGCAUGCUGGACGCCGGGCACCACCAACACCUCCACCACCACCACCUCCCCCCCGGCGGUGGGCACCACCUGUGCCACGUGGGCGCGCACGAGCACGACCUGGGCUGCGACGACCCGCACCACCACCACCACCUCCACCACCACCACCACGCGGGCGCCGGCUGCCACGAGGGGCCGCACCACAGCUGCCACGCCGCCCUGUGCCACGUGCGGCACGCCUGCUGCGCCAAGGCCGAGCUCUUCCCCGCGCUGUGCCCGCCCGAGCUGGUGGGCGACGCCGGGGCCUUCCUGUGCGGCUGCGGCAAGAUGGCGGCGGCGGCGGCGGCUGACGAGGAGCUGGGCAUGGGCGGGCACCUGGAGAUGCGGCCGCGCAGACAGUCGCUGCUGCAACAGAACCCCUCGCCCAGCCAGAACGGCAUCCUCAAAAGCAGCACGCCCGAGAACGUGCUCUACCCGCUGGACAGCACGGGGAAUAUACGCACCGGCCCCUGGAAGAACGAGACUACUGUGUAG